GGGAAUUAAAUAAAUAAUAAGAUAUGCAGACGCCUGAGCACAACCGGGUUUAGGCUUUAUAGGCUACAACCUAAAUGAUUCUCGAACACACUAUAUAAUUUCUCGACCUUUCCAUUGUCACUGUGAUCUGUGAACCACAUUUUUUUUUUUCGUCUCGACAAAGAACAUCAAUUUCCGAUCGAGGAAUUUUUGCUUGAGCAGUAAGAAAUGGCGACCAAGAAGAGCGUGGGGUCACUGAAGGAAGCCGAUCUGAAGGGCAAAAGGGUUUUCGUGAGGGUGGAUCUGAACGUGCCCUUGGACGAUAACUUCAACAUCACCGAUGAUACCAGGAUUAGGGCCGCCGUCCCAACUAUCAAGUACUUGAUCGGCCAUGGAGCUAGAGUCAUCCUCUCCAGCCACCUCGGGCGUCCCAAAGGAGUCACACCAAAGUACAGUUUGAAGCCUCUAGUUCCUAGGCUUUCUGAGCUUCUUGGAGUUGAGGUCAAGAUGGCCAAUGAUUGUAUUGGAGAAGAGGUUGAGAAGCUGGUGGCCAGCUUAUCAGAUGGUGGUGUUCUUCUCUUGGAAAAUGUCAGGUUUUACAAAGAAGAGGAAAAGAAUGAUCCCGAGUUUGCCAAAAAGCUUGCAUCCCUUGCGGACUUAUAUGUUAAUGAUGCAUUUGGAACUGCACAUAGAGCACAUGCCUCGACUGAGGGUGUUGCCAAGUACUUGAAGCCUUCUGUUGCUGGGUUCCUUAUGCAGAAGGAGCUUGAUUAUUUAGUUGGGGCUGUGUCGAAUCCCAAAAAACCAUUUGCUGCAAUUGUUGGCGGCUCAAAGGUGUCCAGCAAAAUCGGUGUUAUAGAGUCUCUGUUGGAGAAAGUUGACCUUCUCUUACUUGGUGGAGGGAUGAUCUUCACAUUCUACAAAGCCCAGGGGCAUUCUGUGGGGUCCUCACUUGUCGAGGAGGAUAAACUUGACCUGGCGAACUCACUUAUGGAGAAAGCGAAAGCUAAGGGCGUGAAUCUCUUGUUGCCUUCUGAUGUUGUUAUAGCCGACAAGUUUGCAGCCGAUGCUAAUAGCAAGAUUGUUCCAGCAUCUGCGAUUCCUGAUGGCUGGAUGGGUUUGGAUAUUGGUCCUGACAGUAUCAAAUCAUUUGGCGAAGCUUUGGAUACUACCAAGACCAUAAUCUGGAAUGGACCUAUGGGUGUGUUUGAGUUUGAUAAGUUUGCAGCUGGAACCGAGGCUAUAGCCAAGAAAUUGGCAGAGCUAGGUGGAAAGGGUGUGACAACUAUCAUUGGAGGAGGAGACUCGGUUGCUGCUGUCGAGAAGGUUGGGCUUGCGGACAAGAUGAGCCAUAUCUCGACUGGAGGAGGUGCCAGCCUGGAACUUCUCGAGGGCAAAACACUUCCUGGUGUUCUUGCUCUUGAUGAAGCUUGAGCAAAAAUUCCUUACGUUUCUCCCUUUUUGUUCAGUUUGUGUAACAAGACUUAUCUUGCAGAUUGGUAGAUCAAAUUUUGAUAAUAAUCUGUAUCGUGAUUUUGAGACGCGUUCCAGUAGUAUUGAUACUGAAUAAUAUCAAAUUUCGCCAUUUUGGAUACACUGAUAUUGAAGAAUAGAAUUUCGGCCAGUUCGGUUAUAUUACUUUUAUCGAUGUUGUAUUUUAUGUGAUGAGUUUGUACAUUGUACUUUUUUUUUUCUGCUCCAGUUGUUUCUUGUGUGAGUGACUACAGGAAUGCCUUUGAUGCUA